AUGCGUCCGCUCUUACUAACACUCGACGCCUUCAACACGCUCUUCCACCCCCGCCACCCCAUCCCCGCCCAAUACGCUGCCUCUGCAUCAUCAUUCAACAUUCCCAUCGCCCCCUCCGCCCUGCAACCCGCCUUCAAAUCAGCCUUCAGAGCGCAAUCACGCUCACACCCGAAUUAUGGGCGCGAUCUUGCUCUGCGCGGCGAAUAUGGGGGUCCCAGACAAUGGUGGGAAGAUGUGAUCCGGGGCAGCUUCGCGCGCGCCCUUGCCGAGAGCCCAAGCUCCAACUCAAAUGCCAAGAGCACCGAAAUCCCCGAUGCGCUGGUGGCAGAUUUGCUCGAUCGAUUCGCGAGUGCAAGGGGCUAUAGGCUUUAUGAUGAUGUAAGGCCGUUCUUUGAGCGCCUGCACGAUAUGCAGAGGGAAGGGACGAGUAGGAGAAGGGUCGUUAUUGGAGUCGUGUCAAACUCGGAUGAUCGUGUCUGCUCGGUGUUGGAGUCCUUGGGUGUGUCCGUUGGCGAGACUAGAGAAGGUGAGCGGAGCGGCCAUAAAUUACCUGGGUUUGAGGAGGAGAGGGAGAGGAUAGGUACACCACAUCCAAACCUCAGAGACAGUGUCAGUCCCUUGCAGGGCCAAGUGGAUGUCGACUUCGUGCUUACUAGCUACCAAGCCGGCGCUGAGAAGCCGGACCCCUUUGUUUGGGUUACGGCGCUACGGACAGCGCAAGUGUUGGCAGGCGAUGCUGUUGGGGGUGAGGGAGGCUGGGAGUGUGUGCACGUUGGCGAUGAUUUUGAGAAGGAUUAUCGUGGUGCUUCGGAUGCUGGGUGGAAGGCGUAUUAUCUUCCUCGAGAUCCUGAAGCAGCGGCGAACGCACAGGAGGGUACGAAGACGAUUACUUCAUUGUUGGACCUUGUUACGGAGCUUGGAGAGUUCAAGCAAACAAGCUGA